UCGGGGCGGGCCAGGGAGCACAGGCGGAGCGCUGCCCGCGGGCGCCAGUAAAAUUGCCAUUUUUAUGGAGCAGGCUUCCAAACAGCCAGUGGACUUAUGCCUUCUGGAAUCAAAGAGGCCUGACAGGAGAGUACCUGUUGUGUGGGAAUGCGUGCUAGCUGGGCUGGCAGCAGCAAUGCUGGCAAGCACUAGCAUUGCAAGGUAAGGAACUAUACAUCACCAUGAGCUUAUUUCAUAGAGAGGCUGUAGCACACUUGAUCGGGAGAUGUUAAGUCUCCCAUCUGAAGAAGCCUUGGUUUGAUUCUUUUCUACCGCUAAGGUUAGAGAAUGUAUUUGCUCCACCACUUCUAAGUUUAUGGUGUGUGAGGGACAGAGGUGAAAAGUUCUUUCUCUGGAUAUUGAUGUGGUAUCUUCUUAAGGCAUCGUGACAUCCCAGGCCUACUGGCAGCACAGGAUAUGGAGGCUCUUGAAGUUGAUGAUGUUAGCCCUGCCUUGGAAGUGACUGAAGACUUUUUCAAUAGUUUUGAUACUAAGCUUGAAAAGAUUGCAGAGCCUUCUGAGGUGUACUGUGUUCAGGAGGUCCCUGAACUGGUGGGACACGAGGUAUUUGAUCAGAUAACAGAGACCAGGAAUCUAAGGAACGUCACCUCCGUAGCCAAAAGUAGCCUCAUCUGGGAUCACUGCAAAAAUGGCCUCUUGGAAACCAAAGCUCAGACAACAUUCCCUGCCAAAAACCAGUGUGUGGUGCAGAGGGGAACAGCUGCUGAAAACCUUGCUUGGGCAGGGGAAGGGGAGACUCCAGCUUUUAACGUCUUCAACAUCUGCCAGCAGAGGAGAGACAGGCCUCGCUCAGUGAAUGACAUCCUGGUGCAGAAUGAGGAAGCCUCCACGUUCAGGCCAGGACACAGCAGGUCACGCUCUGACAUCAGCCAUGUAAACUGGAGAGUGAUCUUCACAGACACCUCUCUGCAGCAGCCACCUGCGCCUGGUCAGGACAAUAACUGCACUCUGCUGUCUUACCUGGCGUUAGCCAAGGGAGAAGACAUCCAGGGAAACACAGAACAUAAGCCAAUGUUUCCAAAUAUUCUGAAGAAGGGAUACUUAGAAAUUAGAAGAGACAAUGACAGCUGCUGGCAAACCUGUUACGCUGAACUCUCCUUGUACAAACUGUACUUGUUUUGCUUGGACAGCAGUGGCAACCAGAAUCUUCCCACCGUGUAUCCGCUCCUGCAUUUUCAAAGGGUCACUGUUAGCGGUUGCAUUGAAACCAGGGUGGUGGACACUGUCCUGUCAGACAACUCGCAGCUACAGCUCAAGGCAGAGUCUGCAUGGGAGGCUUUGGACUGGGGGCAGAAACUCUGGCAAGCAGUGCGUGCUUCUGUGCCCACUUUCACAAGACAGCAGGAGAAGCUGGAGAAUGUGCCAAAGCCUGAAAAUAAUAGUGACCUUUCUCAAACCAAUGGAUUGUUGGAGAAGCCUAUGGAACUCUUCCUAGCCAUGAAUUUGACUGAAAACACUAAAGAGUACCAAAAUAUUCUCAAGUCAGGGACUCUUUAUAGGUUAACUGUCCAGAAUAACUGGAAAGCAUUUACUUUUGUCUUGAACAGGUCUUAUCUCAUGGCAUUUCAACUGGGUAGGCUUGAUGAAGAUCCUCUGCUGAGCUACAAUGUCAAUGUCUGCUUCUCGGUCCAGACAGAUACUCAGGAUGGCUGUGACUCUUGCUUUCAGGUCAUUUUUCCUCAAGAUGUCCUUCGCCUGCGUGCAGAGACCCGUCAGAGGGCCCAGGAGUGGAUGGAGGCACUGAGAACAGCAGCCAAUGCUACUAGAAGUUUAACUCAGAACCCACAGGUCACACUUAGGAACAAACCUGGAGAUCAACCCUUUAGAAAUGAUCUUCAUAAAAGUAAACGCCAGUCUGUGACCACCAGCUUCCUGAGCAUCCUGACCACGCUAUCUCUAGAGAGAGGGCUCACAGCUCAAAGUUUCAAGUGUGCAGGCUGUCAGCGCUCCAUAGGCUUGUCCAAUGGGAAAGCCAAAGUGUGCAGCUACAGUGGAUGGUAUUACUGCAGCACCUGCCAUGUGGAUGACAGCUUCCUCAUCCCUGCACGGCUAGUUCAUAAUUGGGACACUUCUAAAUACAAGGUAUCAAAGCAAGCCAAAGAGUUUCUGGAAUAUGUUUAUGAGGAGCCAUUAAUUGAUAUACAGCAGGAAAAUCCCAUGUUGUACAAGCAUGCUGAACCACUGGCAACUGUUGUCCGCCUGAGACAGCAGCUAAAAUCUCUCCGAGCCUAUUUGUUCAGCUGCAGAGCAGCAGUGGCUGAAGAUCUGCGUAGAAGGACCUUUCCCAGAGAGUAUCUUCUCCAGCACAUCCAUCUUUAUUCUCUCGCAGACCUUCAGCAGGUUAUUGAAGGAAAGCUGGCUCCUUUCUUGGGGAAGGUGAUCAAGUUUGCCACCUCUCAUGUGUACAGUUGCACUCUUUGUAGUCAAAAGGGUUUCAUCUGUGAGAUCUGCAACAAUGGAGAAAUCCUUUACCCCUUUGAGGACAUUUCUACAAGCAGGUGUGAAUGCUGUGGUGCUGUCUUCCACUCUGAGUGCAAAGUGAAGGCCGUACCAUGCCCCAGGUGUGUGCGUAAAGAAUUGCAGAAGAAGCAGAAAUCCUUCUGGAGGCGACUGAAUAUGGAUGAAAACUUUGAAGAGUCUUGCAAUACGUUUGAGCUGUCUUAUCAGAACACAUGAGUUCCUUAAGGCAGUGGCCAGCUUUAAGAAAAUCCCUUUUCCAGCUGCCAGCUCAAGCAACUUCUCAACUAGGCAGAUUUUUUUUGCAAAAUAAUAUUUGACCUUCUUCAUGUGUGAAUAGCAACUGCCAAAGUGGCCAUAAAGCCCUGUUGGCUUUGAAAUACCAGUGGCUAAACUGCAUUUUGCAUUGAUGUCCAGCUGUUAGCUCUCAUACAAAAUGUGGUUUAUUUGAAAUGCUUUAGGACUAGCUAAUUAAGCACCCAACUUUUUCUUUUCCACCUCUGGGGAAGACUUCUUCUCAAGGCAGAAACUACUUGCUGCCAUGACCACGUUAUUUUUUAUGGUAUUCAUUUAGAAUUGAUGAAUCAUCUACUUAUUUAUGUGUAUUAUUUAUUUAUUAUUAGCCUCAGCAGAGGUUCUGGUGAAGUGUUUCACAGAACUCAGUAGUGCAGCAAUGAUUUUAAACCUAUGUGCUCUGCUGAUGCAGACCUGUGGUUCCAUUUCCUCAUUUUUCCAGAGAGCUAUUUUUAAAAGAUCAAUGCAUUUAGACAUCACCUCCUGCUUGAGGAAAGAAUCUCACAUUGAACCUUAUUUGGGGUGCUUGCAAAUGUAAAACACAAUAAUUCCUUCAGCUGUGUUUAUAUAUUUUUAACCACUUCAGUGGAGGCUAUACGCAGAUAAGCAGGGGACUUGCUACUGGUUUUGUUCAGGUUGGAUGUAUUUGUUAAGCUCUGUCACUGAAAUCCAUGGAGUGACAUGCAACUGUGUGAGGCCAUGUCAUCAUGUCCAAUAAUGUCAUGUUGGUUCUGACUUCCUACUAGUCUCAUGUUUUAAGACAUUUUAAAUGUCCUCCAACCUGAACUUGUUAAGACUGAUAGUUAGGAAAGCAGUCUUGCCCAUGUUAGUUAGAAAAUACUUUAAAAACUGAGAAACACUAGUUUACUCUGUUCAUGUGCAACUUGUGUCCUUCACUCUCUGUGAGCUCUAAGGGAUUUUGUACUUCUGCAGUGACUUCUGUGGUGGAGAGUGAAGUUCCUCAAGUUAUAGUUCUGCUCCACACACCUGGAAUACAGAGAAGUAUUAAACAAUAUAUUGUGAAUUAAACAUAUUAAACAUAUAUUAAACAUAAUUAAACAUAUAUUGUGAAUUACAUAUAUUGCAAAGGGGAGUCCAUGAUGGAUUUAACUGGGGAGAUGUGUGUGGUCACUGGCAAUAUGAUUAAUACAUUGUGGCUUCACCUCCAGUGAGUUCUUGGAGAUCAUCCUCAUUCCAGUCCACAUUGUUAACACUUUCUCCAGACCCUGCAGUAGUAUAUGUACUACAUACAUUUGAAAGCAUUCACAUAUGUAUACACACACACAUCUAUAUAAAGAAAGCAAAUAUGCUUUCCAGUGAAAAAAACCAGUCACAUGCAUGUCUGUCUUUCCUCUCCUCUCGCAUAGGUUUGUGAAAAUGCAGAAUACUGAUCUUCAAUCUGCAGGCUGUUGUAUUCAAGGCAGAAAGCAGUCUUCAUCAUAGAAGCACCUCACUAAUUUUAAAAGUAUUUUAAAUUUAUCAUGCCUCCAUUAAAAGGGAAAAUGCUACAACGAAUUGCCUUGUACUGGAGUAUAAGUGGUUGCCCUUUCCAGCCUUCAUUCAAGGAAAGUAGCUGAGUCUGAGCUUUCUCAAAUUUGAGUUAUCAACUCUAUCUAUAUAUAUAAAAGCAUGUUUAUAUCUGUGUACAUUAGACAACCAGUGCCUUUCUUUUUCAGGAGUCCAUCCUUCUCUCAGUGGGAUUUUUUGGAAGGAAGUGAGAAUUUUUCCAUGUUCUUGGCAAAGUAGUAUAGGGAUUCCCAUAUUUAAUAAACCUGAGUCAUGCACCUUUGUCACUAAAAUUAAUACUUCCCCUGCACAGUGGUGUCUCUGUCUCAGCUCACUGUUCCUCAUGUGGAAUGAGUUGCUUUCAGCUGUCAUCCUUAAAGACAGAAUGUUUCUUCCAAGUCCAUUCCCACGUGAAGAAUUCUCUGCAUGUUCACAAAUGCAAACACUGGGGAAGUAUUGUGGAAUUAGUCACGCAAACAGGAACUGCAGUGGUAAUGGCUGAAUAAACAGUACACUCCCAUGUUUUUAAGCAUGUGUCACUACAAAUAGUACUGUGGCAAAACCAGUAGCUCUGAAACUGUCAGUAUCUGGCAGGUAGUAUUUUCAGUUAGCUCUAAACAUAAUGGUCAGUCAUUAAAGAAAAAAAAGAUAGUGUUCUUUGUAUCAUUGUGCUCUGUUAUUUAAGAUACAGCACUGGUUCGUGUCCAGCUCAGUUUAGCGAAGGCUGUUUGUGUGCUCUAACAAUAACCCCAAAGAAUCAAGGUUCAGACAGUGAAAACUGUUAGUUACUUUGACUGAUGUCUUGAUCUCCAAAGUACCAAUCAUGAGGGUGGUUAGAUAUUCUAGGUGAAUUCUGGAAUAACAACAUAGGCAGCAAUGGAGUUACUUUGAGUUUGUACAGGUAUCACAGAACAGUUUCUUUGUUAACAGAGAUUUACAGAAAAAGAUUGAAUGUUAUUGGCAAAAUGGCUGGAAUUAGUCCCGGGUCUGGAACCACUGCCAUUACUAAUGGCAAAGAGGACAAGAGUGUCAUUACUGUCUGCUGGCAGCACCUGAAGGUUACCGUACAACGCAGAUCAGAUCCAUUUCUUUGAAAUACAGUAUCAGUGUAAACAAGCCAGUUGCUAAAAUGGUUAUGUGUUCACUUCUGCUUUGGAAAAGUAAUGUACCUUGUCACGUUAGCUGUAGGAGCAGAAGACGCUUCCUCUCGGGGAUGCCUAGCUCCUAUCCAAAAAAAAGUUAUUCCAUGUGAAUGGGUAAGAUAAAGUCUUCUGUCACCACCUUUCAUAAGAGUAAUGAAAAGCUCGAUCCUGCCUUUGGAAGGUGCAGAUGCAGGAGGAACAAGCCCUGUUCAUUUUCAGGACUGCAAGGCAAAGGAAUAAACUGAAACUCCUGCUCACAUUACUAAUUUUCAAAAGACCCCCACCCUACAAAGGACAGUUUUCCUACAAGAACCAUCUGCUAGCAGGAAACUUAGGCUGGCAUUCUGUAGGUGGUUUGGAUUUUGGAGAAUGCUGUACCCUCACGUAGUUGUCUCUGCUCUAACGCCUGUGCUGCAUGCUGGUCCCCACUGCUACUCCUUUCCCAUUCUGCAGCCCAUAGCCUGCACGUGGCUCUGCUCUGCAGACUCCUGGGUGGGCAUCAGCUAGAAAAGUACCUGACAUCUUUCCAGAUUACACAACUCUACUCACACACAGAGAUGAAGUUAUAUAUUAGUAGUCCUAGUCUUGUCCUACCCAUGCAUGAAAAAAAUUGGAACAGUAGCAUUUCAUUGUGAAUCAAGAAUAAAAAUGUUUGUCUCCGUCACAGAGAAGGUGCUUUCAUAGCUGAUGGAGGCAAAAUUGAUCUGUACAUUCAGUUACUGCUUUUCCUUGUACAGAACUUGUAAUCAGUAUAGAAAUAGGGUUCUUCACUGCAGUGGACUAUAACCCAACCCCAUAUAACUACUUAGAAACUGCUCGUCUAAUUUUAGUUAGUCUGUGGUUGUUUUAAUCUCAGAUGCUGUAGAGAUCCUUAUUCAAUUCUCUUUUACUCUUUACCCUAACCCUCUAGCUUUCCUUUAAUGGGAGGAAGGACCUAUCUAGGGGAUACAAAAUCCAGCUUUUCUUUUUAAUAUUAUCAACCUAUAAAAUGAGGAAUUUGGACCUCUCGUGUUUCCUUUUUUUCUGCUGUCUCAGGUGGUGAAAAAUGAUGGUUUUGUGAUGUGGCAUAAUACUGUGGCUGGCACAUACCCAUAUGAACUCAUUGCUGGGAUGAUGGGAAUUGGCAGUUGUGAAAGUGAGAGGAGGUACUUUUUGUUGAGGAACUUGAGUUUUUCACAAUACUCCACAGCAGGCUGUUUGUUAGGAGUGAAUCAUCAGGGCACCUCUAGAGCUCCUCUUGUCAAAGCUUCCCUUAAUAUGAGGAUACUGCAUGUAUUAGAACAGAUUGAUGAUAAUGUCCUGAAAGACUUAAAAAAACCCCACAGGAUGACUGCUUACAAUGAAGUGGGAAAGCAGCACAGUUUUGCUUUUUCCCUAUAGCAAGAGAAGCCACUAAGUUUCCAGGGCUUCCCAAGGUCAUGGCCUCAAUGGCAGCCAACUGUUGAUCUGUAUAAAGUAGAUGUAAUCAAAUAAUCAUCAUAAUCUUCUCUCUUUUUCUUCUGCUCAGCUGCCAGCCAAUCCCCUUUCUCUCUCACUGUCUCUGUCCCUGUCCCUGCCUUUUUGCAAGGUGCUGAGCUUACAGCUACACUUUGAGCCAAUUGUGUUGCUUUUGAACCAGUCGAGUCUGGUCAUUUUCUCCUUCAUAAUUUGCCUUCCAGUUUUCCCUUGCCAGUAGAGUGCCUUACAGUACUGUAUAUUAGUAUAUCUAUCUUCCUAUUUUGGAUUUCCUGAUUGAAUCUGCUGUUUGAUUAACUUGUAGGCUUAAACUGAAACUCUCCUGUGGCUGCACAUGCUCUGUGGUAGGGGCAGCUGAGUAGAUCAGUUUGCUUGUUCUGUGCUCAUGAACAAAGCCUGUAUAUACCAGCUCUGAAGACACCAGGCUACGUGGAAACUCCUCACUUUUGCUCAAUUUGGUGCCUUACAUUUUCAAAAGUAAAGAAUUUUGUCAGGAAUGCUCUGCCAUGAUGCAGUGUGUUUGGCAUUGGAGCUCGAAACCCUUGCUCGUGACAGUUUCCAUCUUACUGAGUGCUGAUGACAAAACUCAUAUACUGUCUAUGCUUUUAGAGGGAAAUAGGAAAAAGAAUGGCAUGGAGAUGGUGUUGGUUUUUACUACCUGUGUUUUGGAGGCUAUCUGGGCUUUUCUUCAGCCAGAAAGGCAGUUGUGCUUAUGUGAGACCUUCAGGAGCUGUGCGUAUAAAGGCAAGCAUGGCGCAUUAGAACAGGGUUAGGUCAUGUGCAGUUUGGCUACUUCUGGAAGCAGUGGGUAGCGUGUGCCAUGUGGUGAGGGGCUCCCAGCCAGUACUCCCGGUCCAUGUGCCCAGCUGGGUUCAGUGCUGUUGACAUGAAGGCAUUUUCUCAAAGCUUGGCUUUAAUGCAGCCUGGUUCCCUGAAGGGUAACCCAGGGUUUAGUCAGCAUUACCUUACAGAGAAGGUUAACCUGCUUAAAUUUUAGCAUUAUGUGUCUAACUCUUACAGCGUAUGCCAGUCCUGGGCACAUGUCCGUACUGACUGUGAUCUUUUACACUCACUUUCAACACCAGUAGCAGGAAUCCCAUUUGACAGUGGCAGUGCCCUUGCUGCAUAUUAGUGGUGUAGUGGAGAGACAGCCUGGAUGGUAAUGUGCAAAGUCUUUCUUUACUUGAAAGCCCUGGUGUGCACACACUGAAUUGAGUCAUAUCUUAAAAUGCCGGUUUUGUCCACAUUCCUUAGGGUGGCCAUUAAUCCAAAUCGUAACGAUGCUACUUGUGGGCAACAUCAGAGAAAUCCAGGCCUGAAAAGCAAUCAGCUGUCUAGGACUAAAGUGUAUGAGGCCUCAUCUAUGUGCCCAAGUGUCAGUGGCUUAAUUAUUUAUCUGUCUAAUCCACGUGUUAAACCAAUCUAAAUCUUUGAAUACGCAGCAUUGUUUUGGUGGAAGAAGGAUUGCAGUUUUGCUAAUGCACUUAUCUACAAAAUUGAUCCUGCUUAAACUAAAAUGUGCUUUCAGACUGAUUUUUAAUGGCAUUGAUACUAAGUUAGUUUAUACCAGUCCCAUUGGUACUUGAGCUAAGCAAAAGUAAGAAUUUGUGAGCAAAAAUGUGUGUUUGAAGGGCUUUAAGUGAUAAAGGCAGCUUCCAACUGGAGUUCAGGCCAGCCAAAUGCAGCUGAGAGGUGGGGGGAGCCAGGCAUGCACAGCGGGGCACAGGGGCCGGUGCUGCCCCCGGCAGCCUAUGCCUUCCUCCCACCCCAGCACCAGCUCACCUGCAGCACUUCCAGUGGGUCUUGGCAUCACUGGCAGCACAUCCUGUAUUUUUGGAAAACCAUUAAAUGUGUGUGCUACUCUGUUAACUUAUUUGCAAUGUCAUUAUGUCUCUUUCAUUGUUCUUGUGUUUGCAUUGU